CGCCCCGCCUACCGCUUUCGUCUCCCGCAAGGUGCAGGCGGCGCAGCGGUCGCUGACCUGUUGGCGGCGGCCGGGCGGGAGGCUGUGGGCCGCGGAGGUCUCCCGGGGUUGAGCGGAGGAUGCAGGAGCCACGCGCGGAGGCCGGACGGGACUAACGGGGCAGGAGUGGCUACUGGGGCGCUGCGGUGGGGCUCUAGACCGUGGGAGGCCGGUGCUAGUGCUGGCGCGUGGUGGGCCCCGGAGGCCGCUGGAGUCCGGAGAGCUACGUGGAACCCGCAGCGCCAGGCCUGAGGGUGGGAGGGCUCUGCGGCGCCUGGCGUUCAGGCCUCCCACCACGAGGGUGGAGCAGCGUUGGAUACUUGUUCCUUAGGGACCGAAGGCUCCGGUGGCACCCGGGCUGUUUCUCAGAGGACGAUUAGUAACGUCUCGCCAUGAGGAGCCGAAGUAACUCCGGGGUCCGGCUGGACGGCUAUGCUCGGCUGGUGCAACAGACCAUCCUGUGCCAUCAGAAUCCAGUGACUGGCUUGCUCCCAGCCAGCUAUGAUCAGAAAGAUGCUUGGGUCCGAGAUAACGUGUACAGCAUCUUGGCUGUGUGGGGUUUGGGCCUGGCCUAUCGGAAGAAUGCAGACCGGGAUGAGGAUAAGGCAAAGGCCUAUGAAUUGGAGCAGAGUGUAGUGAAGCUGAUGAGAGGACUACUGCACUGUAUGAUCAGACAGGUGGAUAAAGUAGAAUCCUUCAAAUAUAGUCAGAGUACUAAGGAUAGCCUCCAUGCCAAGUACAACACCAAAACCUGUGCCACUGUAGUGGGUGAUGAUCAAUGGGGACACCUGCAGUUGGAUGCUACCUCUGUGUACCUGCUCUUCUUAGCGCAAAUGACUGCCUCAGGACUCCAUAUCGUCCACAGCCUAGAUGAAGUCAAUUUCAUACAGAACCUUGUGUUUUACAUUGAAGCUGCAUAUAAAACUGCUGACUUCGGGAUAUGGGAACGUGGAGACAAGACCAACCAAGGGAUCUCAGAGUUGAAUGCCAGUUCAGUUGGAAUGGCAAAGGCAGCCCUGGAAGCAUUAGAUGAACUGGAUCUGUUUGGUGUAAAAGGUGGGCCUCAAUCCGUUAUCCAUGUCCUGGCUGAUGAAGUACAACACUGCCAGUCUAUCCUGAAUUCACUACUGCCCCGUGCUUCAACAUCAAAAGAGGUUGAUGCUAGUCUACUCUCAGUGGUUUCUUUCCCUGCCUUUGCAGUAGAGGAUAGCCAGUUGGUGGAGCUCACGAAACAGGAAAUCAUCACCAAGCUUCAGGGUCGUUAUGGUUGCUGUCGCUUUCUACGAGAUGGAUAUAAAACUCCUAAAGAGGAUCCCAAUCGUCUGUACUAUGAACCAGCUGAGCUGAAGCUAUUUGAAAACAUUGAGUGUGAAUGGCCAUUGUUCUGGACAUACUUUAUUCUUGAUGGGGUCUUCAGUGGCAAUGCAGAACAGGUUCAAGAGUAUAGAGAGGCUCUUGAAGCAGUCCUCAUCAAGGGCAAAAAUGGAGUCCCACUUCUGCCAGAGCUGUACAGUGUUCCUCCUGACAGGGUCGAUGAAGAAUAUCAGAAUCCUCACACUGUGGACCGAGUCCCCAUGGGGAAAUUACCUCACAUGUGGGGUCAGUCUCUAUAUAUUUUAGGAAGCUUGAUGGCAGAGGGAUUUUUAGCCCCUGGAGAAAUUGAUCCCCUGAAUCGCAGGUUUUCUACUGUACCAAAGCCAGAUGUUGUGGUUCAAGUCUCCAUUCUAGCUGAAACAGAAGAAAUCAAGGCCAUUUUGAAGGACAAGGGAAUUGACGUGGAGACCAUUGCUGAGGUAUACCCCAUCAGAGUACAACCAGCUCGUAUUCUCAGCCACAUUUAUUCCAGCCUAGGAUGCAACAAUAGAAUGAAACUCAGUGGACGACCCUACAGACACAUGGGAGUGCUUGGAACUUCAAAACUCUAUGACAUUCGGAAAACUAUCUUUACUUUCACUCCACAGUUUAUAGACCAGCAACAGUUCUACCUGGCUCUGGACAACAAGAUGAUAGUGGAAAUGCUUAGAACAGACCUCUCCUACCUCUGUAGCCGCUGGCGGAUGACAGGCCAGCCCACCAUCACCUUCCCCGUCUCACACAGCAUGCUUGAUGAAGAUGGAACAAGCUUGAAUUCAAGUAUCCUGGCAGCACUCCGAAAAAUGCAAGAUGGCUAUUUUGGUGGGGCAAGGGUUCAAACAGGUAAAUUGUCAGAGUUUUUAACAACAUCUUGUUGCACACACUUGAGCUUCAUGGACCCUGGACCUGAGGGUAAGCUGUACAGUGAAGAUUAUGAUGACAACUAUGAUUACCUGGAAUCUGCCAACUGGAUGAAUGAUUAUGAUUCAACCAGUCGUGCUCGCUGUGGUGAUGAAGUUGCUCGUUAUUUAGAUCACCUUUUGGCGCACACUGCUCCCCAUCCUAAACUAGCCUCUACCUCACAGAAGGGAGGGCUAGAUCGGUUCCGAGCUGCUGUGCAAACAACCUGCGACUUAAUGUCCUUGGUGACCAAGGCCAAGGAACUGCAUGUACAGAAUGUUCACAUGUAUCUUCCUAUGAAGUUAUUUCAGGCUUCCCGGCCUUCAUUCAAUUUACUUGAUUCAUCUCAUUCCCGACAGGAGAACCAGGUUCCCUCUGUUCGUGUAGAAAUACAUCUUCCUAGAGACCAGUCUGGGGAGGUUGACUUUAAAGCACUGGUUUUACAGUUCAAGGAGACCUCAAGCUUACAGGAACAAGCUGAUAUCCUCUAUAUGCUGUAUACUAUGAAAGGACCUGACUGGAACACUGAAUUGUAUAAUGAAGGGAGUGCUACAGUCAGAGAGCUUCUUACCGAGCUGUAUGGCAAAGUGGGAGAAAUUCGUCACUGGGGCCUGAUUCGAUACAUUUCUGGGAUCUUAAGGAAGAAAGUGGAAGCACUUGAUGAGGCCUGCACAGACCUUCUCUCCCACCAGAAACAUUUGACAGUGGGACUUCCUCCAGAACCUCGAGAAAAGACUAUCUCUGCACCUCUGCCCUAUGAGGUGCUCACUCAGCUGAUAGAUGAAGCCAGUGAAGGGGAUAUGAGCAUUUCAAUCCUUACACAGGAAAUAAUGGUAUAUCUAGCCAUGUAUAUUCGAACCCAGCCUGGCCUCUUUGCUGAAAUGUUUCGACUUCGAAUUGGUCUGAUCAUACAAGUUAUGGCAACAGAACUGGCCCACUCCCUUCGAUGCUCAGCUGAGGAAGCCACGGAGGGCCUGAUGAAUCUCAGUCCUUCGGCCAUGAAGAAUCUCCUGCAUCACAUUCUCAGCGGCAAGGAGUUUGGAGUGGAACGAAGCGUUCGUCCCACUGAUUCAAAUGUCAGUCCUGCUAUUUCUAUCCACGAGAUUGGUGCUGUUGGAGCAACCAAAACAGAACGAACUGGGAUCAUGCAGUUAAAAAGUGAGAUAAAGCAGGUGGAAUUUCGUAGACUGUCAAUCUCAGCUGAGAGUCAGUCCAAUGGUGGUCAUCCCCUCGGUAUAGAUUUAAUGUCACCAUCUUUUCUGUCACCUGGAACCUCUAUGACUCCAAGUAGUGGGUCCUUUCCUGGUGCAUAUGAUCAGCAGUCAUCUAAAGAUAGUCGUCAAGGUCAAUGGCAACGCCGAAGAAGGCUGGAUGGGGCACUGAAUAGAGUCCCAGUUGGAUUUUAUCAAAAAGUAUGGAAAGUUUUGCAGAAGUGUCACGGACUUUCUGUGGAAGGGUUUGUCCUUCCUUCUUCUACCACUAGAGAGAUGACUCCAGGUGAGAUUAAAUUCUCUGUUCAUGUGGAGUCUGUCCUGAAUCGUGUACCUCAGCCAGAGUACCGCCAGCUGUUGGUUGAAGCCAUCCUUGUCCUUACCAUGCUGGCAGAUAUUGAAAUUCAUAGCAUCGGAAGCAUCAUUGCUGUGGAAAAGAUAGUGCAUAUUGCCAAUGACUUGUUCCUUCAAGAACAGAAAACCCUCGGCGCAGAUGAUAUCAUGUUGGCAAAGGAUCCCGCAUCUGGCAUCUGUACUCUUCUGUAUGACAGUGCACCCAGUGGCAGGUUUGGCACCAUGACCUACCUCUCCAAGGCAGCCGCCACCUACGUGCAGGAGUUCCUGCCCCACAGCAUCUGUGCCAUGCAAUGAGGGCUUUGGUUCCUGGCUUCUGGGAGCCUUUUGACAGUUGGUCCCUGCCUCGGUUGAUUGUGCAUGGAACUAAAGUGUUGUUGCCUAAUCACUCUGACCCUGCCCCUUUCUGUCCCAUCCUUCCCAAGAAGAGAGAACUUCUUCGAUAAACUAACUACUUUAGAAGAAGUGAACACUUACCUGGAGGCUCACCUUGCAGAACCAGUGACAAUCUUAUGAGUAUAAUGAACACUCAACCAGGCCUGUCAUGACUGGCUUUAUUUCUUUCAUCAUCCAUAAAAGUUUGCAUGUGUUUUUAUUCUCUAGAUCUGUUACCAACAUAGUUUUCUAACUCCUGUUUGGGGAGCAAGUGUUAAUAAUAACUUAUUCCUAAAGCUUGGUUUUUCUUAUUUGUGAUUUUAUUGUGUAUAUGAGUGGUGGCUACUUUGGGACAUUAUUUCAAAUGAAUAACUCUAAAUUGUUAAGUAUUUAUGUUUCUAUAAAUUAGAAUUAUCUAUUCUAAGUGCCUUUUCUUAGGAAAAGAGAGUACUGGAUCAUGGUUUUCUUCCUUACUUACAGGUUGCCUCACACUGAGUGAUAAAAUUGUUUCUGUGUAGAAUCAUUGUCUCUACUGUUGCCCUGUCUGUGUCUGCACAUAUAAUGCCUCUCUCGCUUUGGUGAAAUAUCCAAAAAUGCAAGUGCAGCGUGCAUAUUUAAGAAUUUCUGAACUAACACUUGAAAUCACAUUUUAUAAAGGUUGUUGCUACUCAGAGAUGUAUUUGCAGCAGAAAAUGCAGAAUAACCCAGAGAAAUGGAGCCCUGAGCCCAACUCCAGAGAGGAAGGGAAAGAAGAAAAGAUGCCUAGACAAUGUCUUAUAUAUAGGGGAAGAGAGAGGGAAUCAGAGGUGGCUUAGUUCCCUGAAGACAGCCUUAUAUGCCUAAUCCCUGCCUUUGAAAAAUGGGCCAAUACACAACACAGAUAAUAAUUUGAAGCCUCUGUCUUGAGCAAAGAUAAAUUCAGCAGUCCAGUCUAUAGCUGCUCUACUUAGCAUUCUUUUCAUGUGCUCUUGGUCUCUGUCUCACUCACCUACUUUCUACCACAUCCAACUCAACUCCCUGACACCCCACCCCCCAUCUAUUCUUAAACUUUUUCAUAUAUAUCUUCACUUCCUAAUUCUAGUGUACAUAUCCCUGUAUACAUGGUAUCUGUGGGCAUAUGUCUGUUUCUUAUAAAGACACAUAUUUGUGCAUGCGUGUGUGUGUGUGUGUGUGUGUGUGUGUGUGUGUGUAAGCAUACAUGGGAAUUUUUAUGAAUGUAAGCAGUUUUGAUGUGUCUGUAUGUCAAUCUGUAUCUACAUUUGAUGGUCUGAGUAAGAAUGUUGCAUGUGAGAGAGGGGGUGUAACUGUGGACUCAGAUUGACACACACAGGUUGGUGGAAGAAUAGCUUUAGUCUUCUUCCUUGGUCCCAUGUGUAGGUAACCUUGCUUGACAAAUCUUUCUCCUAACUUUCCUUCUUCUGAAUUGUGCAUAGAGAGUCUGCUAACUUCCCUGUUUGCACUCAGAUAACUUCCUACUUCAACCCCCUCCUUUAUCUUGGAUUUCUAAGGUUUUUCCCCAAUAAUGGGAAUGGUGAGGGUGGGGAUGAGAGACUCUCUAAACAAUUUUUGCAGAACCAGUGACAAUCUUAUGAAUACAAUGAUUAAGUAAGUAUAUAGUAGGGUGAUAGAAUACAGAUAGUAGAAACAAAGAGAGUACAGCCAACCUUUUCAGCACUUCUCUCAGCAAAUGGAAACACACAGUAAGUAGCUUUCUGACUACAUUAUUUUCUGGUCACUUUUAAAGAAAGUUUACAACCUGUUUUGAAACUAUUUGUCUUUUCACUGGCUGUAAGUGUACCCCAAUCUCAGGGAGUAUAUCUGGAGUGCCCCAGGCAAAAGAUCCACUCAUUCGCCUGAACUGACUCGAAGGGCUGCAUUUCUCUGAGUUUACGAAAUUGUGUCAUUAUGGUCCCCAUACAGUGGUAUUUAACUUUUAAAGCAACUUUUAAGAAAACUCUACUUGUAUUUUGUUCAUUUUAAGUGUGUGGUACUAAAAAGACAUGUUAGACUUUUUCAAAAAGCACUUAUGUUUUGAAAAUAGAAUAAAUAAUAAGAAUUUCCAAUUAAAUCAUGUCUGGUGCCAAUGUGUAAAACUU